CGGAAAAAUGGUGAAUAAAUAUAGUCAGAAAUGAGAACGUGCAAACACUGCAGCUCCUCCUCAAUAUCGUUGGACCUUUUCUCACUCUUAUAAACAAACUCACAAAGUCCACAAUUACAAUUGCAAUCACAAACAUCAAACUCAUCUUCACCAACACCCACUACUUCUUUUUAUUAUUUUUUUUUUCGAAAUAGCCCACUACUCUUUCUUCCUAUUAUUUAUAUGUAUAUUUAUUUUUGUUACAAUUAAUAGUUUUAACCACAACCGGCCGGCCACAAAAAAUUUUGAAAAUCAAACCAAAGCCUAUUUCUUGUUUCCGUUUUUUUUUUUUCCCCCUAAAAACUCUACGCUCUUUAAUCGAAAUUCAGAAGCCUAACUCCAACUCCAACUGGAUUGGUUUAGUUUUUUUUUCUGUUAACCAGGUGUGAGGGAGGGGUAGUUGCAAGUGAGACGUGUUGUCUUUUUUUUCCGUGUGUGAUUGGUAUAAUUAUACAAUCAAGAAAAUAGCAGUGACAUAUUGUAGACAAUUAUGGGUUGUAAUUGCUUUGGAGGCUCAAGACUUGAGAAAAAAAAGGGUUCUGCUAAUUCUCAUCAUGAGAUAGAUGAGAACUUGCUUGGGAAUAUUAAAAAUUUUUCACACAAGGAGUUAAGAUUGGCAACGGACAAUUUUCAUCCAAGUAAUAAGAUAGGGCAAGGUGGUUUUGGAACUGUUUACAAGGGAACCCUAAAAAGUGGAAUAGAAGUUGCUGUGAAGACACUUUCUGCCCAGUCGAAGCAGGGAUUGCGUGAAUUUUUGACUGAGAUUAAUACCAUAUCAAAUGUCAGGCAUCCGAACCUUGUUGAGUUGUUAGGGUGCUGUGUUCAAGAAUCUAACCGGAUUUUAGUAUAUGAAUAUGUAGAAAAUAACAGCCUUGAUCGUGCGUUGUUAGGUUCGAAGAGUCGAAACAUCAAAUUGGAUUGGGGGAAAAGAUCCGCUAUCUGCCUGGGCACUGCUAGGGGUCUUGCAUUUCUUCAUGAAGAACUCAUACCGCAUAUUGUGCAUCGAGAUAUCAAAGCUAGUAAUAUACUUCUUGACAAAGAUUUCAACCCAAAAAUUGGUGACUUUGGCUUGGCUAAACUUUUCCCAGAUGACAUCACUCACAUUAGUACAAGAAUUGCUGGAACAACUGGUUAUUUGGCACCUGAAUAUGCCUUGGGUGGUCAGUUAACCAUGAAGGCUGAUGUUUACAGUUUUGGAGUCCUUAUACUUGAAAUAAUUAGUGGCAGAAGCAGUGCAAAGGCGAACUGGGGAGGGAUGGAGAAAUUUCUUUUGGAAUGGGCAUGGGAGCUCUACCAAGAAAAUAGACUCUUGGAGCUAGUGGAUCCAGAACUGGAAGGAUAUCCUCAGGAAGAAAUCAUUAGAUACAUGAAGGUAGCAUUUUUCUGCAGCCAAGCAAUAGCGAGCCGAAGGCCACUGAUGAGCCAGGUUGUAGAGAUGCUCUCAAGGAAUAUCCGGUUGAAUGAGAAGGAACUUACAGCCCCUGGUUUUUUCACAGAUGCAGGGGAAUCGUCCUCAAAAAAAGGAUCAAUCAUGGAAUCUACCAGCUAUCAAAUGAGCUCUGUCCCAGAGACAAUUACACAGGUAACCCCUAGAUGAAGAAUGAGAUUGACUCAUUUUAUUGCACAUCAAGGUUGAUGCAGUGAACCACUUGUUCCAGAAUGCAUGGGUCUCCCAUUAGUUAAUAUAUUUUUCUGUAUUUAGUUACAAAUUUUGUAAAUUUCUUUUGUCCUUUUAGGUUGAGGAUUCCAGCAGUCUCCCUCUCUCUCUUAAGAGUUUUUUUUUUUUUUUCCUCUUUUAAAUUCUUUGGUGCUCGGAUUUGCUUCGAGUGGGAUGAUUGCAAGUUGUGGAAGAUAUACAAUGCAAUUUUACCUUAUACAUGAUUUGACUAUUGUUUAUGAUUAUAUUUUAUUAUUAUAGAGUGAUGAUAGAAGUGGAACAGUUGAUUGGUCAA